ACUCAUGAUAAAUUAUGUUUUUGUGAAUUUAAAUAUUUAUAUUUUUGUCUGUUCAGUUUUCAAAAAUAUAGUAUUAAACUAUUAACUAAAUAAAUAAACGAGUACAAAUUUAUUAUUGAAAAUGAAUAUCAAUGAUAUUAUGUUGUCAUCGAGUGACUUAUUCAGAAAAGGAAAAUUUUCAGAGUGCUGUGAGAUUCUCCAGCAUACAGUUAACAAUUUUAAUUUAAAAAAUAUUACAACACAAGAUGAAGUUGAAUUUGUAGUGCUGCGAAAUAAUUUACUUGUCUGCAAUUGUCUGGUAUGUAUAAGGUAAUAUUUAAAUUCAAUUUUCAAUAUUUAUUAUGCCUGUUUGAUUGAAUUUAUUUGUUAAACUAGAGAAUUUUACCGGUAAUUAAUACAGAAUAUGUUGACAAGAUGACUGAAUUAAUAAAUAUGUCUAAACUUUAUUUGUAUGAGGAACAUAUUCCAUUAGAAUUGCGAGUAAAUUUUGUAUGCAAUACUUUGCUAUGGUACUGGUUUAAACCAAUGGAAGUUCAUGAUUAUUGUUAUAAUGAAAUAAUACAAUUGGUUAAUGAAUGUUUACACAAAGGUUGGUUUUCAACAAUAAUUAUUUAUUAUAAAUACAAUAAUACAAUAAUACUAAAAGUUUAUGAUUUUCAGUGUUGCAUGAAAGUGGGAAGAGUUCUGUAAAUUUGAGUUUAAAUGUUGGAAAAGAGCAAGAUAUACUUCAUAUUCUAGAAUGCUUAUCUGACGAGUUUCUUAGAUUAGAACCAAUAUUGGUUGUUCAAUGUAUAGAAAUGUCACAGAUAUUAUCAUUAGUGUUUUUAUUGCAACAUAGGUCUCAUUCACUUUUAAUACAUUUUACUGAGCAAUUAAUUGAUAAUAUUAAACCAAUAAUAUGUGCUUUUAAGUACAAAAAAAUUAACCAUAUUGCUAAUUGUUUUAAAUUAGGACUUUUUAAAAUUAAUAAUUUUCUUGACACGGAGUAUAUCAAAAAUUUAAUUGUUAGCGGUCAUGUGUCUCUGUGUAUAAAACAUAUUUUGGAAAAUCAACACCAACAAGCUUUAUGCACAUUAAGCAUCAUUGAUCAGUAUUUAGAUGAUGGAAAUGAAUUGUUUUGUUUGGUGUACUAUUUAAUAGCUAUUGCUAAUUUUAAUUUGGAAGCUUUUGAUGUGACAUUGUAUUAUUUAUCACAAAUGUCUAAUUGUUUAAUGGAACCAUUUAUUAAGUCGAGAUGUUAUUUACUGCUCGGAAGAACACAUUCAAAAAUGGGAAAUGGUGAUUUGGCAUUAGAAGCAUUUGAAAAAUUAAAAGAAUCAUCAUUUAGCAAUGUUAUGGCUUAUUAUAUUUCAUGUCAUUAUGAACAAAAUAAUAUGCAUUUUACACAAAUGUUGGUGUUGGAACAGGCCAUUAAGGUAAUAUUUUCAGCCAUCAAGCAUUCAUAUAAAACAAUGUAAAAAUGUAUAAUGUAUUAAAAUGGUUGUUUAGGGAGAUUUUGAUAAAAAUAAUGAUUGCCAAAACGAUUUUUCAAUUAGUUAUAUGUCUAAAGUACUAACUAUAUUGUAUCCACAGCCAGAUUUAACUAAAAAACAAUUGCUAUACAUGGCAGCUAAAAAGAAAUAUGAAUAUAGUGUAAGCAACUAUUUAUUUUACAAUUUUUGUAUUGUUAUUUUUAGUUUAAAAUAAUUUUACAGAGUUAUAAACUAGCUGGUUCUGCUUAUUUAAGUCUUUUGAAAUCAAAUGAGUCUGAACAAAAUGUUUCUGACUUAGUAACAAUUCCAUCAACAUUUAUGCUUAGACAUGAAGCAGCUGUAGCUCUUUUAAAAGCUCGUGAAAUGGAUGAAGCUUUCAAACUGUGUCAGUCCCUGAUUGGAGAAUUUGAACCAGGAUGCGGAAUGUGGGAAAGUGAUUCAUUUUGGGCUAAUGAAUUGAACGAUUACAAUUUUAAUGUUAUUGGCACUAUGUUAUUGGCUGAAACUGGUCUCAAUAAAAAUACCAAUAUAGUUUUGGAAGCACUAAAUAAGUCAUUUGAAAUUAUUAUUUAGUUGUAUGGACAUUAUUUUUUUAAUUUUUUUUUUUUUUAAAGAUCUUAUAAUUGUCUGUAUGCAAAAAUUGAGUAUGACAUAUCAGAAACUAAUAGCUAUAACAGAAAUAUUAAAACUCUGCGACAAAUUCUCAUGGGGAAAAUAUUAUUACUCAAAGCAACAGUUUUGAGCAAGCUCGAUAAAGAAGAAGACUGUCAAGCUGUAUUUGAAAAGGCACUUACAUAUAACGCAGGUAAAUUUUUACGUCUGAAAGCGAUAGACUAGUAACAAAAUAUAUAUAGUUUUAACUUUUGUUAUGACUACAUUAUUCUAUUAAUCUUUUCACUUAAAUAAUCACCUGUCAUGGGCCACCCAUAUAUGCAAUAAAUGUUUUAACCUUAACAAUUAUUAAAUUGAUAAUAAGUAAUUGAUUUAAAUGUACAAAAUUUAACUUAAUUAGUAAUAAAAACAAUACCAUUUUAUAGGAGAUGAAGAUAUUGUGUAUUUAUAUUCAAAGUGGUUGGAACAUAAUGGAAAAAUAUCACAAUCAAUGAAUGUCCGCGAUCAAUUUGAUCGAAAAAAUGUCAACACAAUUGCAUGUGACAAUGUUGUCAUGAACUAUAUAAUGGAAAAUAAACAUGGUCUUGAAGAUUCAUUAAUUAGUAUAGAUGUAAUGGACGACUUGUUUGCUAGUCCUGAUGAAAAAGUCAAUGAAAUUGUUAAUGAGAUGGAUCCAGCUGACGAUGAUAUUUUUAAUGAUUUGUUUUUAGACUAAAAUAAUUAAUCAUUAAAAUAAAAAUUUAAGUUUUGAAAAAGUUGUAACUAUGUUCUUGAUUUAAAUGAGUUUUUUGGAUUAUAUAAUAUUCUGUAUUUAUAUAAAAAUAAUAUACAAAUAAAAAUAAAUACAUAGUAAUGUAAAACAGUUUUUCAAUGUAUAUAAUAUAUAUAUUUUUUAUUGAAAUAUAGUAUGCAAACAUGC